AUUUAUCAUAACAAUCUUGCGUGUGUGAAGCAAAGAUGGCGUUCCUGUCGAGGACCACUCAUCACUUACGCCGUGCUGUUUUCCAGACUGUUGCCAAGAAAUCUCAGCUAGCUCCUGCCGCAGCACAGAGUCUGCCUGCAACCGGAGUGGAUGAUGUUCUUUUUGGACUCAAUGAAGAUCAAAUUCAGCUGAGAGAGACCAUUUACAACUUUGCACAAAAGGAGCUUGCCCCUUAUGCUGACCAAAUUGACAAAGAAAAUGGAUGGCCAAAAAUGAGGGAGUUCUGGAAAAAGCUUGGAGAUUUAGGGGUCCAUGGAGUAACUGUUCCAGAAUCUGAUGGAGGUUUGGGUCUUGGUUACUUUGAGCAUGUCAUCAUCAAUGAGGAACUAAGCAGAGCUUCAGGUGCCAUUGGUUUGAGCUAUGGUGCCCAUUCAAAUCUCUGCAUAAACCAAAUCACAAGACACGGUUCAGAUGAGCAAAAGGCAAAAUACCUACCUAAGCUCCUUUCGGGAGAACACAUUGGUGCUCUUGCAAUGAGUGAACACAAUUCAGGUUCUGAUGUUGUUUCAAUGAAACUUAGAGCUGAUAAACAAGGAGACUAUUAUGUUCUGAAUGGAAGCAAAUUUUGGAUCACCAAUGGGCCUGAUGCUGAUGUUCUUGUUGUUUAUGCUAAGACGGAUAUGGAAGCCAAACAGCAUGGAAUAAGCACCUUUCUUAUAGAGAAGGGUAUGCCUGGUUUUUCCACAAAUACCAAAUUAGACAAAUUUGGAAUGCGGGGAUCAAAUACAUGUGAACUAAUAUUUGAAGACUGCAAAGUUCCAGCGAAAAAUGUCAUGGGACCUCUAAACAAAGGUGUUUACAUAUUGAUGAGUGGUUUGGACCUCGAGAGGCUCGUCCUUGCUGCUGGACCAUUGGGAAUUAUGCAAGCCGCUCUGGAUGUCGCAUUUCCUUACUGCCAUAUGAGAAAAGCCUUUGACACACCAAUUGGCCACUUUCAGCUUAUGCAAGGGAAGAUGGCUGAUAUGUAUGUCAGACUGAGUGCCUGCCGUUCAUACGUCUACACUGUUGCCAGAGCAUGUGAUCAAAAGCACUUCAAUAAUAAGGACUGUGCUGGAGUUAUCUUGUAUGCAGCAGAGAACGCGACUCAAGUUGCCCUGGAGGCAAUCCAGUGCCUAGGUGGAAACGGUUACAUUAACGACUACGCGACUGGACGGCUUCUAAGAGAUGCCAAAUUAUACGAAAUUGGCGCAGGAACAAGCGAAGUUCGCAGACUUAUUAUUGGUCGAGAGCUAAACAAACAAUAUGCAGAAUGAUAAAUAUCUUCCUGUCUUCCAAAAUACCUGUGUUACUUCGAAGUAAACCGAGGUUUGUUUAAAGUUAACUAAGUUUGAAGCGCCUACAAGCGAUGUUGUAUUCCCCAAGGGGUGCUAUUCACCAUUCAUACCUAUAUUACGUCGAAGUAAACCGAGGUUUGUUUGAUAGUUCACUAAGUAUGAAGCGAUGUUGUAUUCCCAAAGGGCGCUGUUCAUCAUUCUUUUACUCUCUAGUGAGAUUCACGUUACUAGAAUUUCCGAAAUUUUUCGUUCGAUUGCGUGUGUUUAUCAUUCCCCGAUGAAUCGCACGUGGUCAGUUUUUGUCGAGCUACGGUGGCCGCACAAUCUUUAACAUUUUCGUCUAAUCCAUUUACAGUGCCAUUACUUUGAAGUAACGUAGGUGAAUUGGAAGAUUUAAAUUUGUUUGUGGGUGGUGGGAUUUAUGGCUAUCUGUGAAACUUGUAGUACUUCAGUUGUACUAAAUGUAGUCCGUUAGUAAAUGCAUGCUUGUAAGUAUUUAAGUGGUAUGGUCUUAUAAGAUUUGAAUUAUAUUUGUAUC